UUCCUCCCCCUGCUGAGCCUGUCAGUUUGCUAGUCGGAUGACGUACGCUUUCACUCGCUCUGCGGCAAUAGAGGAGAACAGAGCUCUCCUUACAACUGAGAGUUUCCCUCUGCCGCCGCCGGGCCUGUCACCGGAUAGCUGCCUUUCUGAAGGUUACCACCAAAAGUGUGAAGAUGCUUUCCAGGUUAUUCCGCAUGCAUGGGCAGUUUGUGGCCUCUCACCCAUGGGAGGUCAUUGUGGGGACUGUGACUGUCACCCUCUGUAUGAUGUCAAUGAAUAUGUUUACAGGGAAUGACAAGAUAUGUGGCUGGAACUAUGAAUGCCCAAAGUUUGAAGACGAUGUUUUAAGUAGUGACAUCAUCAUUUUAACCAUUACAAGAUGCAUUGCGAUUCUCUACAUAUACUUCCAGUUUCAGAACCUCAGGCAACUGGGCUCCAAGUACAUCUUAGGUAUUGCUGGUCUUUUUACAAUCUUCUCAAGCUUUGUGUUCAGUACAGUCGUCAUACAUUUUUUGGACAAAGAACUAACAGGCUUAAAUGAAGCUCUUCCAUUUUUUCUUCUUCUGAUUGAUCUUUCAAAGGCUAGUGCAUUAGCCAAAUUUGCUCUAAGUUCAAAUUCUCAGGAUGAAGUAAGAGAUAACAUUGCCCGUGGUAUGGCAAUACUUGGACCUACAUUUACUCUUGACGCUCUUGUAGAAUGCCUUGUGAUUGGAGUGGGGACCAUGUCAGGUGUGCGGCAGCUGGAAAUAAUGUGCUGUUUCGGAUGCAUGUCUGUUCUGGCAAACUAUUUUGUCUUUAUGACCUUCUUCCCAGCUUGUGUCUCCUUAGUAUUAGAGCUUUCCAGGGAGAGCCGUGAGGGACGUCCCAUAUGGCAGCUCAGCCAGUUCGCUAGUGCAUUAGAAGAAGAGGAAGAUAAUAAGCCAAAUCCUGUCACCCAGAGGGUGAAGAUGAUUAUGUCCCUAGGUCUGGUCCUUGUCCAUGCUCACAGUCGUUGGAUAAGUGAACCAUCAUCUCAAAAUAAUACUUCAAUUGAAAGCAAUAAGGUUUCCAUUGUACUUGGCGAUAAUAUACCAAAGAGAAUUGAACCUAACAUGCCUCUUUGGCAGUUCUAUCUUUCAAGGAUGGUGACUAUGGACAUUGAACAGGUCAUUACACUUAGUCUGGCUCUUCUUCUUGCCGUCAAGUACAUCUUCUUUGAACAAACUGAGACUGAGUCUACCCUGUCUCUAAAGAAUCCCAUAACCUCUGCUGUAACUGUUCCAAAGAAACAAAUCGAUAGCUGCUGCAGAAAAGAGCCGGAGCAGGAUAAACCAGCUAAAGUCAAUGCUGUGGAAGAACCAUCAUCAAAAGCUGAUAAAGAGGCGGUUAUAAAGCCAUUGCCACUUGAGGCUUUACCUGUAGCUUCAUUUGUUUUGGGUGAUUCACCAUUUGAGGAGGAUAAGGAGAACUCAUUUGAGCUACCAGAGGAGCCUCGUACAAUUGAUGAAUGUGUUCAGAUCCUCAAAAAUCCAGAUAAAGGUGCUAAGUAUCUGAGUGAUGCCGAGGUCAUCAAGUUAGUAAAUGCAAAAUACAUCCCUGCCUACAAGCUGGAAACCAUGAUGGAAACCCCUGAGAGAGGAGUGGCAAUUCGCAGACUAAUGUUAGCUUUCAAAUUGCCACAAUCUUCAGCCCUACAAAAUCUGCCUUACAAGAACUAUAACUACCAUUUGGUAAUGGGUGCUUGCUGUGAGAAUGUCAUUGGGUACAUGCCAAUUCCUGUUGGUGUUGCUGGACCCUUGCUCCUAAAUAACAAAGAGUUUCAAGUGCCAAUGGCAACUACAGAAGGCUGCCUUGUUGCAAGCACUAACAGAGGCUGCAGAGCCAUAUUGCUGGGAGGAGGAGCACACAGUCGUGUUCUGGCUGAUGGGAUGACUCGUGGACCAGUUGUUAGGUUGCCAUCUGCUUGUGAAGCUGCUGAAGUAAAGGCUUGGCUAGAUAGCCCAGAAGGCUUUAAAGUAAUCAAAGAAGUGUUUGAUAGCACCAGUAGAUUUGCUCGACUUGGUCGGCUUCAGUCUUGUAUUGCUGGACGGAACUUGUAUAUUCGUUUUCAAUCCAGCACAGGAGAUGCUAUGGGAAUGAACAUGAUUUCAAAGGGUACUGAGCAGGCUCUUGCCAGGCUACAAGAAGAAUUCCCAGAGCUUUAUGUUUUGGCAGUUAGUGGCAACUACUGUACUGACAAGAAACCUGCAGCUAUCAACUGGAUCGAGGGCAGAGGCAAAUCUGUGGUAUGUGAAGCAAUCAUACCAGCUAAAGUAGUCAGAGAGGUGCUGAAGUCAUCAACACAAGCUUUGGUGGAGGUGAAUAUAAACAAGAAUUUGGUUGGUUCUGCCAUGGCUGGAAGCAUUGGAGGCUUCAAUGCACAUGCAGCAAAUAUUGUGACUGCAAUUUACAUCGCUUGUGGACAGGAUGCUGCGCAGAACGUAGGGAGCUCUAAUUGCAUUACGCUCAUGGAGCCAACAGGACCCAUGCAUGAUGAUCUGUACAUCAGCUGCACAAUGCCUUCUAUAGAGAUUGGCACAGUCGGGGGUGGUACAAAUCUGGCUCCUCAGCAAGCAUGCUUACGGAUGCUUGGGGUCCAAGGAGCAAGCACAGACAGCCCUGGUAAAAAUGCCCAACAACUUGCUCAGAUAGUCUGUGGCACAGUAAUGGCAGGAGAGCUUUCCCUCAUGGCAGCUCUGGCCGCUGGGCAUUUAGUCAAAAGCCACAUGAUCCACAACAGGUCAAAAAUUAACCUCCAGGACAUGCCAGGCACAUGCACAAAAAAAGCAGCUUGAUCAUAUAAAAGUCUCUUGAUUUAUUUUUAAUCAAGAACAUAACGGAAAUAAUCUUUAAAUGGAAACACAAUCUCCAGAAGAAUGUGGUGUUUAACUGUGGAAACAAUGGAAAUUGACAACAGCACCUGUUUGAGAGAUUGACCUUCACUCUACAGGAACGUGAUACGCAAUCCGUGAAGGCCUACAGAAUGCGCCUGCCUGCCUUGCCAUGUUAACCUUACAGUUAUUAUCGUCUAUUGGUUUCAGUAAUCUAUGGUUGGCAAAAUAUGUUGGUAGCAGUUUAAAAGGUUGAGUAGGAUAAAAUCUAUCAUUUUUUGCUUACUUUUUUUUUUUUUUUUAAAUUAAAACUAUUUUGGAUAAAUGUUUCAACCAGCUACAGUUUUAAAGCUAUUUUGCAAGUUCAUUCAAAGAAUGUUUUUGUAUUUUUUAAUUUAAUCAUAUUGCAAAUUGUAAUAUACAAUUUAUAAUUUAUUUCUUUAUGAUGUAAUUUGUUCCAGUUUUGUGGAAUAGCAAGUUUUAAUAUAAACCCUGUUGUGCUUCUUCAUGUAAGCAUAACUGUUUUAUGGUUUACUAUGUUUCUAGCUUCAUUGUUUUUCCUAUAUAUGCACUUUUAGCAAUCAAAUUCUUCAUGUCACAUUUUUUAAGACUUGCUACUUCAUGAGAUUUUUUUUUUCCUAGUCACCUUGCUCCAAAUCCCUUUUUAAAGUAGGCAUUUUAAGAUAUUCUAGAAAGUGUGCCAUAGAGCAAAUUUGUAGCUUGCAAAGUUAGUCUGAGACCCCUUUAACAGACUCAUUUAAUCAUUUUACUUUUCAGUAGAUAAUAUUCAUUAAAUGUGUUAAACUUUGCCAAGCCUACCACCCAAUUACAUUUUAAAGAACUUUAUAAGAAAAUAUAUAUAUAUAUAUAUAUAUAUAUAUAUAUAUAUAUAUAUAUAUAUAUAUAUAUAUAUAUAUAUAUAUAUACCAUUUUGUUCUAAUGAAAUGUUUAUUAUUUUUGACUGUAAAAUUCUCAGUAUACAUAAGUAUUAGUCCAGUCAGAUGUUGACUAUUUUGAAAGAAUGUUUGAAACUACUGGAGAUGGUGCCUGUGUCACCUUCAUGCACUGGGAAAGAGUUUGAAGUCAUCCUAAAUAAAGCAUCUAUUUCCGUUUUC